UAUACUGUUUGCAGCCUGACCGGGUUCAUAAUACACACCGCUCACAACAAGCAGAGAACUCGGCAGAGCUGGGCUGUGUGUACACAGGGAAAAGGCCAUAAAUUGCCUAGCAGAGCAUUUUUCAAACUUUAGGACGUUCCCCGGAGGAAGAGUUAAGAUGUAGAUUUUGCGUCAGAUGCUAUCAAAGGCUCCUAGGACUUGGCUAGGUUAAAUCUCUCUGCCACAUGUGCCUGAGCAGGUUGUUUGCAAAGGUCAAGCUCCCAGGCUGUUGCUGCAGCAGCUAACAUUUCUCAGCUGUUCUUGGCUCAGUCCUCAAGAUACACCAUCAGAAGGAAGAAGAUUUGCCUUAUUUUUUUGUUUUGUUUCCCAUUUGAAAGUAGACAGUUGCAAAAAAAAUAAAACAAGCUAAAAUGACUUUACUACACAUGCACCUGUAUUUCACUGGCUUGGUCUUCUGGAUUAUACCGAAAUCAACCUCUUUUGUGCUGCCCAAUGCCACCGAGCUCCUGCACCCCUCCAGCAGCCCACAGGCUGGCUUGGUGUCCGGCCUCGGGGUGCCGAGGAGUCGUCGAAAGCGAUACAUCUCUCCGCGGGACAUGAGCGCUCUUUUGGACUACCACAACCAAGUACGGGCACAGGUGUCUCCGCCAGCUGCCAACAUGGAGUAUAUGGUGUGGGACGAGAGACUAGCCAAGUCUGCUGAAGCAUGGGCCGUACAGUGCAUAUGGGACCAUGGGCCACCACAGCUGAUGAGAUACAUUGGUCAGAACCUCUCCAUUCACUCUGGCAGGUACCGGUCAGUCGUGGAUCUUGUGAAAUCUUGGUAUUAUGAGAAACAGCAUUACUCCUUCCCCUACCCUCGUGACUGCAACCCCAGCUGCCCCUCCAAAUGCAGUGGUUCUGUCUGCAGCCAUUACACCCAGAUGGUGUGGGCCUCCUCCAACAGAAUUGGCUGUGCCAUCAACACCUGCUCCAACAUGAACGUGUGGGGCAGCACCUGGCGGCAGGCGGUGUAUUUAGUGUGCAACUAUGCCAUCAAGGGCAACUGGAUAGGAGAAGCUCCUUACAAGGUGGGGAGACCGUGCUCGGCCUGCCCCCCCAGUUAUGGUGGCGUCUGCAGCAACAACAUGUGCUUCACGGGACUCAAAUCCAACAAAGUGAGCUGGUUCUGAGCCUCCGAGAGCUCUUCCCGGCGGCUGGAAAAGCGGAGCUGCGGCUGGCGACAGGAGAGCGUGGGAAACGCCAUGUACAAUGUUGUGUAAACUAGGAGAAUUAUUUAUAACAGUGACAUUCCAGGCUGCUUCCCCCUCCCCUCCCCUCCCCCCCCCACCCCUCCAGCUGCAUUUAGGAAGUGUUAGUCAGUAACUGCUCUAAAGAGCUGGCAGGAUCUUUCCCUAUGGUUAUUCUGUUCUAUCCCGGCUGUAGCCCACUCCCCUAACGCUGUGUAGGGAAUGGCUGAGCUGUCACUUUGUCUCUGUGUUACACAGCUCCCGAGGGAGCGCAUGGGGUGGUGUUCCUCUGAGGGCAGUAGGUGCAGUUAGGUUCCCAGGGUAGCAGAGUGUCGAGGGAAAAGUCAUAGUGGGAUGUCUGUCCCCUUUCCAGCUCUGUGAUGCCCCCUCCCCCCCAGCUCACACGUAAGGCAGAUGAUCGUUGUCAAUAAUGCUCAGGCUUUCCUCUGAGCGUCCCCCAUAUCUGAUGGUCCAGGGAGGAGCUGGGAGGGCUGAGCAAGCAAUGGGGAGGACAGUGCGCACCCACGGCCUCCCUUGUCAGUGGUUCCACAUUCAUCCUUCCCCAACCUAACAAUAAGCCUCUUUGUCAGAACUUUAC